GGCGGCCGCUGGCCAGUGUAAGAUGGCGGCGGCGGUGGUGGUGGCAGUGGAUGGGGCGGCUGGGCCUGGAACAGUCGGAGCAGCCGCUGGCAGAAGGAUGACCCAAGGCGGGAGGCAGGCUGCUGAGUCUCGGCGGCUCCCGUUCCUGUAACUGCCCAGCCGGACACCCCCCUGACCUAACCGGCUGCUUACAGCAAACAUCAUUCAAGAUGUCCAGCAAAGGGAGCAGCACAGAUGGUAGAACAGACUUAGCUAAUGGAAGCCUAUCUAGCAGUCCAGAGGAGAUGUCUGGAACAGAAGAGGGGAGGGAGACAUCCUCAGGCAUUGAAGUGGAGGCCUCAGACCUUAGUUUGAGUUUGACUGGGGAUGAAGGUGGCCCCAACCGUACCAGCACAGAAAGUCGCGGCACAGACACUGAGAGCUCAGGUGAAGAAAAAGACUCUGACAGCAUGGAGGACACUGGUCAUUACUCCAUCAAUGAUGAAAGCCGAGUUCAUGACCAUUCUGAGGAAGAGGAAGAAGAGGAGGAAGAAGAACAUCCUCGGUGCCGUUUACAGCGCAAGCGGGCCAGCCGUGACCAGGACUCAUCAGAUGAUGAGCGGGCCCUGGAAGAUUGGGUGUCCUCAGAGACAACAGCCCUGCCUCGACCUCGCUGGCAAGCCCUUCCUGCCCUUCGGGAACGGGCACUAGGUUCAAGUGCCCACUUUGUGUAUGAGGCCUGUGGAGCAAGAGUCUUUGUACAGCGUUUCCGCUUGCAGCAUGGGCUCGAGGGCCAUACCGGUUGUGUCAACACCUUGCACUUUAACCAGCGUGGCACCUGGCUGGCCAGUGGCAGCGAUGACCUGAAGGUGGUGGUGUGGGAUUGGGUGCGUCGGCAGCCAGUGCUUGACUUUGAGAGUGGUCACAAAAGUAAUGUCUUCCAGGCCAAGUUCCUUCCCAACAGUGGAGAUUCCACCCUGGCCAUGUGUGCCCGGGAUGGACAGGUUCGGGUAGCAGAACUGUCUGCCACACAGUGCUGCAAGAAUACAAAGCGUGUGGCGCAGCACAAAGGAGCAUCCCACAAGUUGGCUCUGGAACCAGACUCUCCCUGUACGUUCCUGUCUGCAGGUGAAGAUGCAGUUGUAUUUACCAUUGACCUGAGACAAGAUCGGCCAGCUUCGAAACUGGUGGUGACAAAAGAAAAAGAGAAGAAAGUGGGACUGUAUACAAUCUUUGUGAAUCCCGCCAAUACCCAUCAGUUUGCAGUGGGUGGCCGAGAUCAAUUUGUAAGAAUUUAUGACCAGAGGAAAAUUGAUGAGAAUGAGAACAAUGGAGUACUCAAGAAGUUCUGUCCUCAUCACCUGGUGAACAGUGAGUCCAAAGCAAACAUCACCUGUCUUGUGUACAGCCACGACGGCACAGAGCUCCUGGCCAGUUACAAUGAUGAAGACAUUUACCUCUUCAACUCCUCUCACAGUGAUGGGGCCCAAUAUGUUAAGAGAUACAAGGGCCACAGAAAUAAUGCCACGGUAAAAGGUGUCAAUUUCUAUGGCCCCAAGAGUGAGUUUGUGGUGAGCGGUAGUGACUGCGGGCACAUCUUCCUCUGGGAGAAAUCAUCCUGCCAGAUCAUUCAGUUCAUGGAGGGAGACAAGGGAGGUGUGGUGAACUGUCUUGAGCCCCACCCACAUCUGCCUGUGCUGGCAACCAGUGGCCUAGACCAUGAUGUAAAGAUCUGGGCACCCACAGCGGAAGCUUCCACUGAGCUGACAGGGUUAAAGGAUGUGAUUAAGAAGAACAAGCGAGAGCGUGAUGAAGAUAGUUUACACCACACUGACCUGUUUGAUAGCCACAUGCUGUGGUUCCUUAUGCAUCACCUGAGACAGAGACGCCAUCAUCGGCGCUGGAGAGAACCUGGGGUUGGGGCCACAGACGCGGACUCUGAUGAGUCUCCCAGCUCCUCAGACACUUCGGACGAGGAGGAGGGCCCAGACCGGGUCCAGUGCAUGCCAUCCUGAGGCCUCACACCUAGGAGGGGCGGGCCGGGCUGCCAACCCAAUCUUGCCUGGGCACCCCUUUCCUGUCCUGGGCCCUUGCAUUCAACAGAAACGCACUUUGGACCUUUUGUUCAGAUAAAAGAAAGACAUCCCUGGAGGACAGACCAGAGAGAAAUGAAGCAACAGAGAGCACCUAGGAGUGGGAGUUGAGCCCUGGAACGGGGUUCUGUGGCAAAAUGCAAAGGACUCCAGAAAUUGCCUCUCCCUGAAGCCCUUUUACUGGGGAAGAGAGCCUAUUUUGUUAACUUGUUUAGGAUAGGAAAUGGGGCUUCUUUUUCUUUAUAAUCUCUUGUUUGUUUUGCGGGGGGUGUGGGGGCAACUGGUUGUUCAGUACCAAAGGGUCAGUGGAGGCUAGAAAUGCCACUCUCUCUUUGGUUAAGUGUUUGACCUUUU